AUGCCUGAUUUCACAGACACGCUUAGACCUGCCGAACCCCAGGGCCCAAGUAUUCUGGCUCAGGAGAGAGCCGGGUCCAACGUGAAUACCGACCAAUUGGCAAACCACUUGCUUUCGCGGAAUGACUUCCUCAACCGACAGAAGAAGAUCCUCUCGAUACUGGAACCCAUCCCGGUCUUCUGCAAGAAAAAUCAGCUCAACAUGGCCCGUCCGGACCGCUAUCAUCUUGGCCUAGCACGAGCAAAGACGCUGAGGAGAUUGUCCCUCAAGCACGGCUGGGACCGUGACGACUAUCUCAUGGCCGACUAUCUGAUGGACGAGAUGGGCCCCUACGCUCUUCAUGUAACCAUGUUUAUCACUUCCAUUCGAGAGCAGUGCAAUGACGAACAGAGAGCCUACUGGCUGCCAAAAGUCGAAAAUUGGGAGGUCAUCGGCUGUUAUGGACAGACUGAACUCGGACACGGCAGCAAUGUCAGAGGAAUCGAAUGUCAAGCCAAAUGGGACCCCAAGACCAAGGAGUUUAUCAUCCACAGCCCUACCAUCACAGCUAGCAAAUGGUGGAAUGGUGCUUUGGGGCGGACGGCAAGCCAUGCUAUUGUCGUUGCCCAGCUGUUGCUACCAGACCCCCCGACUGGAAAGUACAAAUCAUAUGGUCCUCAUCAGUUCAUCGUUCAGAUCAGAGAUAUGAAGACCAACAAGCCACUGGACGGCAUUGUGAUCGGUGAUAUUGGCCCUAAGUACGGUUACCCUGCUAUGGAUAACGGCUAUAUGCUCUUCGACCAAUUCAGAGUCCCUCACUCGGCCCUGCUGUCCAAGUAUUCCGGGGUCGACCCAAAUAACGGGACCUAUAUCAAGCCUCAAAACGCCGCCCUUGUCUACGGAUCUUUAACUUUUGUGCGUGCUCAGAUCAUCAUGCAUGCGAGACUCAUUCUGGCUCGGGCUGUCACGGUCGCGGUCCGUUAUCUGUCUAUCCGUCAACAGUUUCCAGAUCGAGAUUCAAAGGAUCCAAACGCCCCUGAACAAGCCGUGCUCAAUUAUCCCACGGUACAAAUCCGCAUCCUCCCACUUCUAGCCACUACCUUUGCUCUUCACUACACGGGUGAAGCGAUGUACAAGCUCUACUACGGCACUCGAGAACAGAUCGAGAAAGGCGGUGACUUCUCCCGUCUGGCAGAGAUGCACGCGGCUUCUUCCGGCUUGAAAUCGCUGUGCACUACUCUCGCAGCCGAUGGUAUCGAGACCUGUCGUCGCGCAAUGGGAGGCCACGGAUUUGGGGGUGGGAGCGGGAUGAUCGCGCUCAACAAUGAAUAUCUGUCCAAGCCCACCGUAGAGGGAGACAACUGGAUGAUCACACAACAGACUGCGGCCUAUCUGAUCAAGAGGAUGACCGAGGUGGCGAAGAAUCCUCGAUUGAAACCGACCGAUUCCGUGGACGUCCAGUUCCAAGACUUUGUCGCCAACAAAUCAAGAUCACACGAUUUUGAUAUCCUGGGAAACCCACUGGAGCUGGUCAAGGCAUUCAAGCACAGGGCUUCGUACCUCUCUUACCAAGCCUAUCACGCAAGAGUCCUUCAGAAGAAGCCAUGGACAAGCAUGAUGAUCAGUCUGCACAAACUCAGUCGAGCCCACUCCGAGAGUCUCCUUGUGUCGAACUUCUACAACGCCGUGUUUGAAAGCACUCCAAGCCCUCCGCUUGAUGCCGCGACCUUGGAUGUGUUGAAGGUUUUGUUCCGCCUCUUCGCACUCUUCACGCUUGAUGUAUCUGCCUCAGAGUUUCUCCUCUCCAAAGCCUUGUCUAUUGAGAGACUGCAAAAUGUGGCACCGGCGAUUCAAGAUCUGAUGGCGCAAGUGCGGCCUCACGCCGUUAGGCUCGUGGACGCUUGGUCCAUUCCAGAUUACCUGCUCGAGAGUGCGUUGGGAAGUUAUGACGGUGAUGUAUACAAUAGACUCUUCCACAAGGCGCACAAGGAGAAUCCGCUGAAUCAACUGACCUUCAAUCCGGAUUGGAGGACCGAGGAGAUUGUGAUGGGCGAAGGCGAAGAGAAUGCCAGGAGACGGUUGGAGGCCCUUGCGUUAGGCACGACGGGGCAUGAGCAAUUUAAUGUCGUCAAGCCAAAAUUGUAG